CCCUUUUUCAGUUUCGUCUCACUUUCGUUCAAAUUAAGUCCAAAUCCAUCCAAUCUUCAUCUUCCAUCUUCACUUGUGGUUUUUUUCUGUAAUAUUUUGGGCUUUGAGGUUUUGGGUAUAGAGAGAUGGAGAUUGAUGAGGAAAUGGGGAGAAUAGAAGAUGGAUGCCAGACGCCGAAGCGUGGAGAAUGUCGGAUUCCGGCGGCUUCGGUAUGUCCACCGCCUCCAAAGAAGAAACCUGUUUAUGAGAAGAACAGAGACCCGCCCAAGAAUGGAUACUUCCACCCACCUGAUCUUGAACUUCUCUUUGCCAUGGCGCCACGACGGGAAGCUUGGGCGUAGCCCACUGUGAAACGGAACAGGAAGCGGAGCGGGGUUCUUAACUCGGUUUCUUCAAUUUUUGGGGGGGAUUAGGUUCUGUAACAUAUUUAGUCUAUUAAAUCUGUUUCUUUCUUUAGGAGGAUGAACGACGUUGCUGUAAGUUUACUUUUUUUUGUAAUUCAGGAAAGGAAUAUAUUCCCC